AUGAGGCUUGGCUUACUUGCUCGUCAAAAGGUGGGUCAUCUUCCACAGCCAAAGCCAUUUGCAAGACCCCUGCCAUCUGGUUCUGGUGGUGUCUUGUCCGUUGCUCCCGUACAGCUUCACUCCGUAACUUUCACAAUAUUAUUUUCCCUUUCUGGUCGACUCGAGAAAGAACACAUAUACGCCGCACCUUCCUCUUUGGUGUGUAUUUCAACUUCCACCAAGUUGCUCCCAGCUUGUCUCUCCUUGCUUUCCUCAUCAUCCUUGUUCCUUGAACCAAACCUCCGGAUCUACGACGCAUUCCCUAUCGCAACUUAA